AUGCCUCAAAACGAAUAUAUUGAACAGCAUAUCAAGCAACAUGGUCGUAGAUUAGAUCAUGAAGAAAGAAAACGUAAAAGAGAGGCCAGAGAGGCCCAUAAGAUUUCUGAAAGAGCCCAGAAAUUGACUGGUUGGAAAGGUAAGCAAUUUGCUAAGAAAAGAUACUCUGAAAAAGUUGCUAUGCGUAAGAAGAUUAAAGCUCAUGAACAAAGUAAAGUUAAAGGUGGUUCAAAACCAUUGGAUGAAUCCGGUGAUGCUUUGCCUACUUAUUUGUUAGAUAGAGAACAAACUAAUACUGCUAAAGCUAUUUCUUCCUCUAUCAAACAAAAAAGAUUGGAAAAAGCUGAUAAAUUUUCGGUUCCUCUACCUAAAGUUCGUGGUAUUAGUGAAGAAGAAAUGUUUAAAGUCGUCAAGACUGGUAAAUCAAAGACCAAGUCAUGGAAGAGAAUGAUUACUAAACAUACUUUUGUCGGUGAAGGUUUCACUAGAAGACCUGUCAAGAUGGAAAGAAUUAUUAGGCCAAGUGCUUUAAGACAAAAAAAGGCAAAUGUUACUCACCCAGAAUUAGGUGUAACCGUCUUCUUACCAAUCCUAAGUGUGAAGAAGAAUCCCCAAUCUCCUAUGUAUACACAAUUAGGUGUUCUAACCAAAGGUACUAUCAUUGAAGUCAAUGUCUCUGAAUUAGGUAUGGUUACUUCUGGUGGUAAAGUUGUUUGGGGUAAAUAUGCUCAAAUCACCAAUGAACCAGAUAGAGAUGGUUGUGUGAACGCCGUGUUACUUGUUUAG